AUGGAAAGAUCAUUGUUUGCGCUGAUUUAUUCUACCUUGCAAAAAAAAUUUGGUUUAGGUGGUUAUGAUCGAGGUGAAUGCUUGAAGACUGUUGAAGAAUACGAUGUAGUAAGAGGUGAAUGGAAGCAGUUGCAUCCUAUGAAGGACGAACGAGGACGGUUUGAUAGUGCCGUUUUGAACGGAUUGGUCUACGCCAUUGCCGGUAGUAAUGGUAACAACGACCUGAAGACUGCUGAAGUUUAUAAUCCGAAGACAAAUCAAUGGUCUACGAUUCCUUCUCUCAGUAAGCCGAGAAGCCAUAAUGGCUGUGCAACAUUGGACAAUUUUAUCUUCUGUGUUGGAGGCUCAUGCGGCCAAGAGGUAUUAAAGGAAUGUGAACGGUUUGACGUUUCCAGGCAGGUCAAAUGUCGAAUAACGUUCCUAUCUAUCUACAUCAAUUCUUAUUACAUGAUUGAAUUGAUAGAAAGAUGGAAUUGUAUGGAUUCUGUAGAAGCGUACGACCCCAAGACGAACUCCUGGCGGAUGCUGUCGAAAAUGCGCACCGCCAGAAGGGGAUGUGCCGUUGCUGUUAUACGUGGUGAGUUGUACAAUAAACAUAGACUUGAUUGCAUGUCACCCGUCCGACAUCCCCAUCUACUGCUUUUUAAUAUCAAAUUCUCUUCAACUGGAGAAGCUCGUUCUUUCAAUGGUGGGCGUGAUUUCUCAAUUACGUUUUCAAGCCCCUUAGAAUUUUGUUCCUCUUGCAAAAACUUGCACGCUUGA